AUGGUUAACACGUAUGGAGCCACAGUCACUUCCUCUUCAACGGAAGCGGUGGACGACGAAGACACCAAUGAACAUACUGCAUUUCUUGGAGAUAAUAGAGAUAUAACCACUACGAGGAAGGAAGAUAAAGCAGACGGGCAUGCUAGUAUAACAAGUUCUAUUAGCAAUCUGGCGAAUACAAUUAUCGGGAGUGGAAUGUUGACCUUCCCCCUCGCUUUAGCUUCAGCGGGAAUUCUUCCGGGAAUGAUCACUUGUGUCCUCUCCGGCGGCAUAGCAGCUUUCGGAUUGUAUCUUCUUUCUCUAUGUGCAGCGAAAGCUCCACACAGACGCUCUUCCUUCUUUGCCGUUGCGGAAAUAACCUUUCCGAAAGCUGCGGUGUUUUUCGAUGCUGCUAUUGCCAUCAAAUGUUUUGGGGUAUCCAUUAGUUACUUGAUUAUAAUCAAGGGCCUUACACCGAAUGUCGUUUCGUCUCUGUAUCACGAUCUAAGUGACGCCGAACCUCCUGCAUGGUCGCAAAAUGGAAGAAACUGGCUUGCUAUAUUCAUGAUCAUCCUUAUACCCUUGGCAUUCCUCCGUCGACUGAACAGCUUGAGGCACACCAGCUAUAUAGCAUUGUUUUCAGUAGUGUAUCUUGUCAUCAUCGUCAUCAAGUGUUAUUUCUGGCCUCUGAAGGAUAUGCCACCUGCAGGCGAGAUUCGUUUGGUCCACUUCACGUCCAAUUUCUUGUCGACGUUCCCGGUGCAGGUUUUUGCUUUUACCUGUGCCCAGAAUCUCUUCCCUAUUUACAAUGAAGUGAAGAGCAACACACAACCUCGAAUGAAUAUCAUCAUAGGCUCCGCCAUUGGUUCAGCGACUUUGACGUACGAAAUCAUCGCUGUCUUUGGAUAUCUUACUUUUGGAACUAAUGUUGGCGCCAAUAUCAUUGCGAUGUAUCCUUCUACGUCGCUUUUCGUUGCCAUCGGACAGUUGGCAAUUGUUAUACUUGUUCUGUUUUCCUAUCCUUUGCAAGUUCAUCCUUGCCGGAAUUGCUUAGACAAAGUGUUCCAUGCCGGAGAAUCUGUGAAACAAGUGGUUAGCGAGGGGUCCGAGGUUGACAUAGACGACCACGGCAGUGAUGAUAUGUCAAAUACCAAGCACACCAUCUUGACUUUGGCCAUCAUAGCCAGUACUUUCACCAUUGCCUACCUCGUAGAUGAUCUCAAAAUAGUGCUUUCAUUCGUUGGCUCAACGGGAUCAACUACGCUCUCUUUUAUUCUUCCGGGGCUGAUGUACUGGAAGUUGAGCCGUGGAGAUGAGAGCUCGAGGACACUGAAUCGUGCCGCUCUUGCGCUGGCCGUAUACGGCGCGUUCAUUUUUGUGUUUUGCCUGGGAUUCAACAUCUAUCAAGUAGUUCAGCCUUCUACGUCCGGCGAUCCUGCUCACUGA